AUGGACUUCGAGCGUUCAGAUAGCAGCGGAACAGAUGAUAACCUCCCUCCUUCACAUCAGAACAAAUUCAGAACUCAGAGGCCAGUUAUUGAGAACACAAGAACUGCAAUUGUUAAUAGCACUCCAUUCCUCCAAAUGCAAAACGACAUGGAAGUACAGAUCCACCAGAUAGAGCAAGAAGCAUAUUGUUCAGUCCUUCGUGCCUUUAAAGCUCAGUCUGAUGCUAUUUCAUGGGAGAUGGAAAGUUUAAUAACAGAACUCAGGAAAGAAUUGAGAGUGACAGAUGAUGAACACAGAAAGCUUCUGUCUAGAGUUAACUCUGAUGAUUUGAUUGGGAGGAUAAGGGAAUGGAGGAAAGUGAAUGUGCUUCAACCUGGAAUGCCCAAUUGCCCUACUGCUUCUGCAUCGUAUAAGAAACAGAAACCAUCUUUAUCAUAUGGUUUCAAUGGCAGGGGUGAAGCUCCUACACAACAGGGUCUUGAAAAUAGCUCUGAUCCUCUGAUUGGGAGGAAAGUCUGGACACGUUGGCCUGAAGACAAUAGCUUCUAUGAGGCUGUUAUAAGUGACUUCAAUCCCAUUGAGGGGAAUCAUGCUCUGGUGUAUGAUGCGGGUACACCAAAUGAAGCUUGGGAAUGGGUUAAUCUUAGAGAGAUAUCUGCGAAUGAUAUUAGCUGGAAACAAGAAGAUGUUGGGAUUUCUCGUACAGGUGGCGGAAGCAGAUUGGGUCACGGGAGGAAGAAGUCCAUGGCACGUGGUGGAAAUGGAAUGACUGAUGGUCCUGAAAGACGGAAUGGAAUCAUGAAAGGGUUUUUAGCUCAAGCAAUGCUGAUCCGAUGGAUAUUGAAAAUGCCAGAAAGUUGCUUAAAGAGCAUGAACAAGCCCUCGUUGAUGCCAUUGCAAAGCUUGAAAGCAUCUCAGACUUUGAAAGUGAUAGGGAACAGCGGUAUCAGUUCUGACAACUGCAAAGGCAAGCAACUUACAAGGAAACAUGUCAAGAAAACGCCAUAACUGUAACUGUGCAUGGAAGUAUUUGAUCUCCGUAUCUGACAUUUGUAAGUAGAGUGGUGGUAACUGCUAGAUUUAGUUCUUCUUUUGUUGUUCACUAGAAAGUAGAUCGAUCCUUGUAAUCUAAUAUAUCUUCUUAUAUGCAUGGUGGGUUGUACUGGAUUUAGUGUUUUUUUUUUAUUGGAAGAGAAAAUGAAUUAGUAAUGGUCAAUAAUCUUUCAAGCGAGUUAAUAAUAUUUUUUGGGG